AUGUGGAUUCAAGAGACAAGAGGUUGUCUUGUUGGUGACAUUUUGGGAGCCUUCGAGCGUUCUGAUGUCACAGCUUCGCCAGGACAACAACAGCUUGACUUGCACCAACGCCAAAACCCACCUGAAGCCCGGCGGAAGGGUCUGCCAGGCGCUUCAAGCUGGGCCAAAUGGACGAUAAGAGCAACUGCUGAUCACUAUACGAAUUUCCAGCAUCGAGGAGCAACCUUGAUCAAACCUCUUGGCAAGGAGCUCAGCGACGACAAUGCUCGAUGGAAAAACAAGGCCACGAGCGUCCACGAUGCUGGGCAUACAUGUGCCGGCCGCCUGGACCCUGUCAGUAGCGACCACCACAGCGAACGCAGUGAACGCCGUCCUCCAGCGUCAAGAGAAUGCACGUGCAUGGGACAAGGAAGAGAAGUACAAGUGCGCUUCCGCAAAGACAAGAGGUGGAAAGACAAGCAGGAGCGCAAGAAGACCGAAGAUACGGAGACCAGAGACAUAUCCUUCGUUCCACAAACGGUCGGUUGCAAGCUAGUUCUGAAUGCACACACGUACCUAUUGCAGGGAAUACUGCCCGAAGCAGCUAGCAUACCGAUUACCUUGAUACUUGCGAGAAAGAGCGAACGCCAGCAGAGACUGCCUGUUUCCACAGAGUUAGCAAACAUUCCCACAAGAAGCGACACGGCGAACGAAGGACAAGGGAAGUCUCAGAAACAUGUUCAAACGGUGUGUCUCCAGCCCGAGAACUCAGCAAUAUGUUGUUCUAUCAUCGACGUGUCGGUGUUGAGGGGCGGGAAGGAUGCUCGAGUGAGGUUUGAUUAG